AUGUUGUCAGAAAUUGGCUUUUAAGUAUUCUUUUCCAAGUUGUUCCAACCUCGUCAGGUCAUUAUUUACAAUUUACAAUGGUUCUCAAUUAAAAAAUCAAAAUUAAUUUUUUGGGGGAUUUCUAUUUUACCCAUUUGAGUAUUUUUGGUUUGCAGUGUGCAAUUCUGCAAAAAUGUAAAUAAACUUUCGAACCUUUUUAUUUUCCUUAUACGACGACACAAUUUUUGAUGUUGUAUGACCAGCGCAGUAAAAUUAUUUCUUGUUGUGUUCUGAUUCGAAGGAUUCAAACCAAAAUAAGCUCAUGGAAGUAAUAGAAAUUGGUCCCGACCGACAAAACGUAGAGAUUGCUCAACAAAAGUCUUCUAACGACAUUUGCCGAAGAUCAGCGAUAAAUUUUAAAUAUGAUGAAUUUUUUACCCAAUAUAUGUGCCAGAAUCAAGCGAUCAUCAUUUGUUCCACCGCAGACCAAUGGGAGUGUUUUAAUCGCUGGUCAUGUUCCGGUACAAUCGAUUACGAUUAUCUUAGAACAACGAUAGGUGAUAUGAAGGUGCCGGUGGCCGAUUGUGGUAAGCAGUAUUUCGAUUCCCACGAGAAGCUGGAUAUGAACUUUUUCGAUUAUCUCGAUUAUUUUGAAAAAGCCAAUGGUGAACAGCCUCGCAUGCUGUACCUCAAGGAUUGGCAUCUCCGGAAGCUUCUGCCAGAAUAUGAGUUUUAUAACACCCCUAAAUAUUUUGCUUCCGAUUGGUUAAACGAGUAUCUACAGAGCACCAAUCAAGAUGAUUACAUGUUCGUUUACAUGGGCCCCAAGGGCACUUGGACAUCUUUCCACGCUGAUGUUUUCUCGUCUUACAGCUGGUCUACUAAUAUAUUUGGUAUUAAAAAAUGGCUUUUGCUGCCUCCUGGAGAGGAACUUAAACUGAAAGAUCAACUCGGAAAUUUACCAUUUCAAGUUUCCGAGGAGCUCUUAAAAAGCAAGCAUGUUGUUUACCAUAUUAUCACACAAACACCCGGUGAAGCCAUUUUCAUCCCAAGCGGCUGGUACCAUCAGGUUCAAAAUGUGGAGGAUGCGAUUUCAGUUAAUCAUAACUGGUUUAACGGUUGUAAUGUGCUGCAAAUCUGGACGGCUUUGGAUAACACUCUAGAUCAGGUGAUGGCUGAGAUUCACGACUGCCGGGAUAUGGAUGAUUUCGAGCAGCACUGUCAGGUGAUGCUUAAAGCAGCACAUGGAAUGAGUUUAGAAAAUUUUCUAAACCUUUUAACCUUUAUCUGCGAAAGGCGUCUAGCCACGUUGCAAAAAAUCGAACCAAAACCAUCGGUGGUUUUGUUUGAUAAAUUUCACCUUGGCUCGAAUCACGUACGGUUUGAUCUGGAAGCAAUAAGGAACACCUUGAGUCGGAUGCUGUCGAAUCGGAGGGAUUUGUUGGAAAAUUUAAAAUUAUUGAACCACGUUGAAAAGUACCUAUCGUUGAUUGAUGAUUGUUUUACAGAAAAUAGUCAAAUUGGUUGAAUUUUGUAUCGGUCUUUGUUGAAAAUUACAAAAUGUGUUUCGCUGCUGUACGUUGUGUAUCACAUCCCUUUGAGUUGUCAGCAUUUAAUGAAUAUGAAUUAAAUUUUUGGACAGCUAAAAGCACUGUAUUUUGAAACCCUUUAUUAC